GGAAGAAACUGUUGCGACUCUUUGUGUUCUGGUUUUAAGCUGUGAUCCAUAAAAACAACUUAAUGCGCCUUUUUAGCUGGACAAUCAGCGACUUAUUUCAACAUGUUGGACGGCAGCACGUCUGGAAAUGAACCGGGGCUCUCAGCUUUACAGAACCGGGUCUCUGAGCCCGCAGAUGGGACCCCCUCCUCCAGGUUCCUGCAGGCUGAGCAGGAGCUGAACGCCCUCCUCCGGGGGCUCACCUUCGGAGAGCCCGUCCGCUACAUCUACAACCCGCUGGAGUACGCCUGGGACACCCACCGCUGCUACGUGGAGAAGUACUGCCAGCCCGGGAAGACGGUCCUGUUCCUGGGGAUGAAUCCUGGACCUUUCGGCAUGGCACAGACCGGGGUCCCUUUUGGUGAGGUGAAGUCAGUCGUUGAUUGGCUGAAGAUCUCAGGUGAGGUCGGUCGCCCUGCUGAGGAGCAUCCAAAGAGACGGAUCCUGGGCCUCGGCUGCACACAAAGCGAGGUGAGCGGCGCUCGCUUUUGGGGUUUCUUCAGAAAGCUGUGCGGCGAGCCUGAGCAGUUCUUCCGCCACUGCUUCGUUCACAACCUGUGCCCGCUGAUCUUCAUGAGCGCCAGCGGGAAGAACUUGACGCCGCCAGAGCUGCCUGCAGCGGAGCGAGAGAAACUGCUGUCCCUGUGUGAUGCGGCGCUCUGCAAAGUGGUGGAGGCGCUGGACGUCUCCAUGGUGAUCGGCGUGGGGAAGGUUGCGGAGCAACGGGCGCGGCGGGCACUGUCUGCAUCCGGUGUAGUUAAUGUACGAGUUGAGGGCGUGAUGCACCCGUCGCCCAGGAACCCGCUGGCCAAUAAGGGCUGGGAGGAGGUGGCUAAAGCCAAGCUGGCGGACCUGGGUGUCCUCCCUCUGCUGAGUAGCAGCUAACGAGCUACAGAUCCAAUCUGAUGAUUCAUCAGGAGGUGAAGAGCUGCUGAAAAAUGCUGCCGCUAAUACCUUCCGACCAUAUGCUGCUCCAUAUUCAGCUUGUUAUCGCAAACACCGUCUCUGACCUCUGUGGAGAAAUCUUAACACAAGUCUACAGAGUUGGCAUGUCUCCCCUUCAGUAAUGACUGCAUGAAGUGCAUUAAAUAUUCAUCCUCAGAACUACAAAACAUCACUGUUUCUGUUGUAGAAACUGUUUGUACGUUUCAGGUUUCUUGCUGGUAGAUUGCCCACAUCUGAGGAGAGAGUUUGGUCCAUUGUUAUGCUGAACUUUAUGCAGGACUCAUGCAUAAAGUUCAUGCAUGAGUGAAGCGGGGCUCUCAGAAAGGUAUGGCCUUUUAUUUCUGAAUGUAUUUUGGGCUAACUUGGUAUGAAAAUAAGAGUAAACAAAAGUAUCUGUAUUUCUGGACUUGGUUUAUAACCCCAGGGUCUAAAUGUGCCAGCCUGCCUUCCUUCCUUCCUUGUCUUGCUACCUUUCUGGUGCAGUUUCUUCUUUCCUUUUUUGUCUCUUUCCUAUCUUCCUUCCGUAAUUCUACCUUUAUCUCCUACUUUGGUUCCUUUGAUUGUGUCUUUCAUUUGUUCCUACCUUCUUUUGGUUCUUUCGUUCCCCCUUCUGUCCUCAUUUUCUUUCAUUUCAUUUUAUUAUUCUUUCUUCCAUUCUUUCCUUUCUUCCUCUCAU